AUGUACACAGAUCGACAAAGAAAAGACGGUUAUUGUAAAUACUCAGCUAGAGAACAGGUUUUAGGUGAGUUAAGAAGGUUGUUAGAGAAAUAUUCCAACGAGGAAGUUAGUAUAACGGUAACCGGACAUAGUUUAGGAAGUGCAAUAGCAACGUUAAGUGCUUAUGAUAUAGCGGAAACAGGGUUGAAUGUUAGGAAAGAUGGAAGAAAGGUUCAUGUUUCGGUGUUUUCGUUUUCAGGGCCUAGGGUUGGGAAUAUAAAAUUUAAAUGGAGGUUGGAAAGGAGUUUGGGGAUUAAGGUUUUGAGGGUUCAUAAUAAGCAUGAUUUAGUGCCGAAAUCUCCGGGGGUUUUGAUGAAUGAGAAGUCGCCGAUGUGGUUGUUGAAGAUGGCGGGGGAUAUUGAUAUUCCAUGGUGCUAUACUCAUGUGGGAGUUGAUUUGGAGUUGGACCAUAAGGUUUCGCCAUUUUUGAUACGUGAAGUAGACCCUGCGUCUGCUCAUAAUUUGGAGGCCCAGUUGCAUUUACUUGAUGGAUACCAUGGGAAAAACCGUGAGUAUGCGGCAACAACUUAUAGAGACGUUGCAUUGGUGAACAAGGGUUGUGACUUUGUGAAAGAUGAAUUCUCUGUGCCACCAAAGUGGAGGCAAGAAUUGAACAGGAAUAUGGUGAAGACUGAAAAUGGAAAGUGGAUUCUUGCUCAACGACCUCAAGUUGCUGAAACACCUAAUGAAGAUAUUGGCUCUUAUCUCGCGCAGAUAGGCAUCACUGUACCUAAUUAA